ACAGUUCUUUUGAUGCAAUCUUCUUCAAUUAGAGUAUCGAUCGAUGUUUGCACCGAUAGUAAUUUUAUAGCGAGUUCUCAGGACGGGUUGAGACCUUGCUGAAUGAAGAAGACCAUGGAGGUGCUAAGGACCGAGCAUCGAGACAUUCUCAACAUGCUGUUGACGGUGGGGAGAAUAGGGGGGAUUUGGAGUGCCGUGGAUCCACCCCUGUUGAUCCAAAGGUUUCUGUACAGUAUCUACGGGUUUAUUGCCAAGAGUACGUUGUGGAUUUUGGCGGGGACGAUGUCCGCUGAUAUAAUCUCCAAUUUGGAUGACAUACUAGCAAUAUCCGACGCCGGUGCGAUGCUAGCUGGGCUCUCAGCGGUUAUUGCGAAAGUUGUAGUUUUCCAACGACACUCGAUGAAAAUUCGACAACUCAUCGAGAUGGUGUACAGGCCGAUUGACACGAUGGUCAUGGCAAAAGAAGGUCCUGUUUAUGGUCUAAUGAAUUUCCACGUAACAGUAGAAAAAGUCAUAGAAUACGGCUGGGCGGGUAUGGCAGUGCAGCUGGUGGGUGCUAUGCUGGUGUCCCCAGUGAUAUUCGCUGGUGGAAAUUCCAGUCUGCCAUUGAGAUCGAAAUAUCCAUUCGAUACUACCGAUGACAUGAAGCAUAAUGCGGCUCUUGGUCUGCAGAUAAUUACAGCUAUUUUCAACUUUACUGCGAUGUUUGCUCUGGACGGACUCAUGAGGGGCUUCUGUAGAUGGACAAGUUUUCAAAUGCAAAUUCUCAAUUCCAAUUUCCGACACUGCGAUCCAAUUUGGCCUCACAGUGGCAAAGAAUUUACGGUUGAAAAAUUAACUUAUAUGAGCGAUUUUGAGAGCAAAAUCAAUUGCUUCGUAUUGUUUCAUCCAGUUGAAAUCACUCGAGAGAGCGACUCCUUCCUGAAACGCUUUGAGACCUGUAUCCAACAUCAUCAGAGGAUUAUCAUCAUAAUUAAUACUAUGAAUCAAGUCUUUGGCUACUAUAUCUUCGCUGAAUUUUCAUCCAGUACUUUUAUUAUGUGCCUCACUGGCUUUCAGAUUCUUUUGGGGAAGAGGUCGACGACGAAUGUAAUCAAGUUUAUGCUAUACUUCAAUGCAGCAUUCGUCCACUUAGCAACUUGUUGUUUCUUCGGACAAAUGUUAUCGAACGAGGGUAAUAAAAUAGCGGACAGUAUGUGGGCAUCGGGUUGGGAAAAAGAGGCGAAUAUGUCUCAUGCUGGAUAUUUAAUGAUAGUCGCCCUGAUGCGUGCCAAGCAGCUCCUCGAACUCAAAGCCCUCGGAUUUUAUGCCGUCUCGAUGGAGACUUUCUUGAUGAUCGUCAAGAGUUCUUACUCAGUUUUCGCUCUGCUUACGGCGACAGCUGAUGAAUCUCUCGAGUGAUUCUUAUACCUGAUGAUUUAAUAGCAUAGUGACAAUAGAUUAUGGGAAUCGAUUCGAUGAACAUUUGAGCACACGCAUUCGUUUGAUCUGAUGAUGCAUAAGAGGACUGCUAACUGUAUUCUCAAGACCUGAAUAAAUAGAUAAUUACAUGUUUUAAACACGUUUUUAAAAAUGUCGUAUUAAGCUCGUCAUCUAAUCAUUUGAAGUCGUAAUUUACACUUUUCACUUAUUAUUCACUUAUUAUCCGUAUUUUAUCGGUGGCUUUGUAAGUGUAAAUAACAAAC